GGUCUGGCAACCUUUACCAACCCGCGGACCCACAUGGCUAUUAUCAGGUGCUGCUAGGGUACUACAAGUGUUCUAUCUACAGUCUAUGCAUGCUGCAGUGCACUCAGUCCGACUCAGUCACUGAUACCAAGGUUAAGGUUGCUAACUUUGUACUGCUCGUGAUUGUGCCAAAGAAUUGGUAUAAAACUGAUGGCUUCAUUAGACGGCGGUUAUGACUAUGUAUUUGUUUCUUGUACAACAAAGUCGUUAGAGUGCUCAAUCUGCCUAUUGACUGUUCGUGAUCCGCAUGUCAGUAGUUGCUGUGGCAACCAAUUUUGUUACGUUUGUAUCAACCGUAUCCAACAGGACGACAAACCUUGCCCGCUGUGCAAUGAAAGUAGUUUUACAACCUUCCUACACAAAGGUGUGGCAAGAGAGAUCAAGGCUAUGAAAGUGUAUUGCCCUGAGAAGACGCAGGGUUGCGAUUGGCAGGGGGAGUUAGGACAGGUGAAACAACAUCUCAACCCAGCUCCUGGGUCAGGAGAAAUAGGGUGCUCCUUUGUCAUUGUCGAUUGCAUGUUCCAAUGUGGUAGACAAUUUAGACGUGGUUUGAUUCGAAAUCAUGAGGCUGAGGGGUGUUCAAAACGACCUGCAAAGACAUCUUUAGUGCAGGAUGAAAUGGCUUUGCUUCGUGAACACUUAAACAGUUUGGCCACUGAAAAUCUUUCAUUCAAAAAAGAUAUUAAAGUGCUUCAACAGGAGAAUCGAGAUAUCCAAAAAAGAAAUUUGGGGUUGGAAGCACAAGUUUCAUCACUUAUGAAACAAGUUGAAAUUCAUAGUCCACCUACGUCAGUGCCUCCUUUCUACUUCACUAUUGUUAAUUUCGAGCAUUACAAGAACAUUAACUAUGAAAUCACUAGCCCUUCUUUUUAUUCUCAUCUUGGUGGUUACAAAAUGUUUCUUCAGAUAUUUCCCAACGGUGAGGGAGCAGGAUUCAACACUCACCUUUCAGUACACUUGUGCAUCAUGAGAGGAGAAUACGAUGACAAGCUUCGAUGGCCACUCAAGGCAACAAUUCAUUUUCAUAUUUAUAACUGUAUUUCAAGAAAAUGGGUAUUUCACACUUUUAUCAGUUUAAAGAACGUUAUACAACCCUUAGAAUGCAUAUGCAAUGCUCCAAAUGGUCUUUCAAAAUUCUUGGCAAAUUGGCGAUUAACUCAAGAAAUUUUGCACUGUGAUAGAAUUCGUCUACGAGUAGCAAAAGUGGAGCUGCACUAGAUUUUUGUGACUGUAUAGACGUAGUUGGUCAAUACAAUGCCGAAAUUGAUGUAAGCCUGUUUUAUUUGUACACAUUAUUUGGUAUUAAUCAUGAGUUUUAUAUAGAUA